AUUUCCGUAAAUUUUAUCCUUUCUAAUGAUAUUUGCUUAAAUGCGAUGACUAUUGAAGUAAGGGUUAAUAAAGACUUUAACAACUUGGGCCUUGGGCAAAUAGGGCUUGUGCUUAAGGAAUAUGUGCUUAGAGGAGUUACAAGAUACGUUUGUGGAUCAAAGUAUCCUACUCUAAAUCUCGUAUAUCCUUAUAUACGAACUUUAAAAAGUAAAUUUGCUCCAAAAAGUGAAAAUGGAGAAUCGUUUGAAUCUUGGAUUAAUCUUAUUUAUGGUCCAGAAGAUCAAGAUUCUAAUGAUUCAAGUAUUAGUAGUGAUAAUGAAGCUGAUAUACCAUCAGCAGGAAAUCGGCGACAAUGGCAAUAUGCACAUCGACGUUCACAUCGAUGUGCAUAUCGUUAUUUAUCAAAUGUAAACUGUUCUGGGCUUUUAGAGAAAGCAAGAGCUGCAAUUUUUUUAUCACUUGAUGAGUUAUGGGAUAAAUCCAAUGAAAUGGGUUUAAAAGCUUCUAUCUUAGAUCCACGCGUACUAAAAUUGCUUUCAUUUGCCACAGUUCAAGAGCGAGAAGAUACAGAAGCCCAAAUCCGUACAGAAUUAUCACUAUUAAAAUCUCAAUUAACUAAUUCAAAUAAUAAUGAAGAGAUAGAAAAAAAUUCAGUAAAUAUAAAUGAAGACCCCCAAGAUUCUUUAAGUGCAGAAUUAUGGGG